AUGGCCGUGGCAGCCCGCACCCCGGCGCGCCGGGCGCGGGGGCUCCGCGCCGCCCGCGGCUCGCAGGUGGUGAUCACGACGCUGGCGGCGGUUGUCCUGGGCAGCCUCCCGGGGGGCCCGCUCCUCGCCCGUGCCGGGAGGGCGCGGCCGCCGGCCAGGGGCACGGGCGCGCGCGCCCGCUCCUCCGCCGGGCGGGCGCCGACGCAGCUGCGCGCCCGAGGUGGGCAGCAAGGUUGGCCCGCGCCGCACCCACCGUGGCAGCCCGAGCAACCGCUCACACAGCCCCGGCCAGGGUAUGGCGAACAGGUGCCCUCCCCGCACGCGGUGGCUGCGCACCAGGGCCUGGGACAUUGGGGCGAUUCGCGGCCGAACGCCCCCCGUGAGGACGGACCGCCCUCGCAGAAGCAGCUCGCCCUCGCGGAGGAGCUCGCGUGGCAGGCAGGCAGGGCGGUGCCGGAGGACGCGCGCAGGAGCCAGCAGGAGUGCGCGCGAGUCAUCGACCAGCUGGAGGGAAUGGUGCCGCCCUCGCAGAAUCAGCUCGCCUUCGCGGAGGAGCUCGCGCGGCAGGCAGGCAGGGCGAUGCCGGAGGACGCGUUCCGGAGCAAGCAGGAGUGCAGAAAAUUCAUCACUGAGUUGGAGGCUGCUCGGAUGUCUCGCCAGUACGCGGUGGCGCCCGACUCAGGCAUGGGGCGGUGGGACCAUGCGCGUCCGAGCGCCCCAGGUGGGCGGUGCCGGAGGACGCGCGCAGGAGCCAGCAGGAGUGCGCGCGAGUCAUCGACCAGCUGA